AUGGACCCACCUGGUUAUCACUCGCAGCAGCCCCAGACUCAACCUGUCCACUACUCAGAUGAUCUGCAAACUUUGGAAAGAUCCCAGAUGUCUCAGGACAUAAAAGCAGAGGUAGACAGCAGACCAGAGUCUGAGGAAAGCUGUCCUGUCUGUGGGGACAAAGUGUCAGGAUACCAUUAUGGGCUGCUUACAUGUGAGAGCUGCAAGGGCUUUUUUAAACGCUCAGUGCAAAAUAACAAACACUACACCUGUGCAGAACAACAGAGCUGCCCAAUGAACCUGUCCCAAAGGAAACGUUGUCCUUAUUGUCGCUUCCAGAAAUGUUUGGCAGUAGGCAUGAGGAGAGAAGCUGUAAGAGCAGAUCGCAUGAGAGGUGGCAGAAAUAAAUUUGGCCCUCUAUACCGCCGGGACAGGCAGAUGAAACAGCAAGUGGUGUUUCACCAAGCAAACACUGCUCCCCACAGGAUUAAGAUGGAAACUACACAAACACACCAGCUCAUGGGUCCAAAUCAACUUCAUCUAAUGAGCAGUAACCCAAGCCCUCCAUUGUCUUCCAGUGCUUUUCAGCAGUCUCACAUGUAUCCCUCUAGUGUGGGGCAGUCAGGGACACCCAUACCUCUGGACUGUACCAUGAAUGCAGACAGGGGACUCACCUCUCCACCACUGCCUUACCCUGGACUGUAUCACCAUCCCUUCACUGGAUGCUUACAGGAGAAGGUGGAGAUGCCUUUUAGCUGCAGCCCAGUUCCUACAAACAUUUCAGUGCACACAACCCCUUACACUUCCUUCACAACAAUAACUACAGCAGCAUCAACCCCCUGCUCAACACCAAGUGCAAACACACCUCUAAAUGAGGCUCCUACCCAAGCCCUGGGUGUUUCCUCUUCUGCCACUCUUGCGCCUAAUUUCCUAAACCAGCUCCUAGAGUCAGAGCAGGAUGAGGGCCAGGUGUGUUCAAAGGUUCUGGCCAGCCUACAGAGAGAACAGGCCAGCCGGGGAAAGCACGACCGUUUAAAUACAUUCACCAUCAUGUGCAAAAUGGCUGACCAGACACUUUUUGGACUUGUGGAGUGGGCCAGGAACAGUACACUUUUCAAGGAGCUCAAGGUAGAAGACCAGAUGGUGCUGCUGCAGAGCUGUUGGAGUGAACUGCUGGUCUUGGACCACCUCUGUAGACAAGUGACUUAUGGAAAACAGGGCUGUAUAUAUCUGGUAACAGGACAACAGAUUGAAGUGUCAACUAUCAUUUCUCAAGCAGGAGUAACGCUGAGUAGCCUGGUAUCAAGGGCCCAGGACCUGGUGUCCAAACUAAAAGCACUACAUUUAGACAGACAUGAGUUUGUGUGUCUUAAGUACCUGGUUCUAUUCAACCCUGAUGUGAAGUCAGUGCAGAAUCGCAGGCAGGUGGAACAAACUCAAGAGAGGGUGAAUAGAGCCCUGAUGGAGCACACCCAGCAGACUCAUCAAGGACACUCGGACAAGUUUGGCCAGCUGCUGCUCCGGCUGCCUGAAGUACGCAGCAUUAGUUUGCAGGUGGAGGAGUAUUUGUUCCAGCGCCAUCUUCAGGGAGAUUUACCCUGCAACUCCCUACUCACUGAGAUGCUGCAUACCAAGCGUAGCUGA